AUGCGGUGCCCGCGGGUCCGGCCGGAGGGGCGGCCGGGGGUCCGGCCGGAGGGACGGCCGGCCGUUCUUCCCGCUGCUCCCCGGGUCCUCUGCGCGCCUGUGGAGCCGCGAACGCCCUUCGGCCUCCUCAGAGUAUUCAGCAUUGUGAUCCCUUUCCUGUAUGUCGGGACUCAGAUCAGUAAGAACUUCGCAGCCCUACUUGAAGAACAUGAUAUCUUUGUCCCGGAGGAUGAUGACGAUGAUGAUUAA